GCCCAUCCUCUCUCCUUUGCUCCCCAUUUGUCAUUUUCCCCUCUCCCUCUCUCUCUCUCUCUCCCCCCUUCCCCUCUUUUUUAUAUGAAGAAAAGUCACACCCAUAUAGGUGGAUUAGUUGAUCAACAUUAAUCACCAAAGCUUAACGUUGUAGAUCACACCAGAGAGAGAGAGAGAGAGAGAGAGAGAGAGAGAGAGAGGUGAUGGCUGGUUUGCAAAGGUCUGAAAUAUCAUUUAGGAGGCAAGGCUCAUCAGGCUCGGUAUGGGAUGACAAGUUCUUAGCAGGAGCCUUGAACCAGGCGAAGCAAAAUGAUCAAGAAGAAGAACAAAAGGCUGAGGCCGGAGAGGCAAAGCUUUCACAAAGCCCUGCACCCAUCAGUGUGAUGGAACGCAGUCGAUCUAAUGGAGGACAAGCAUAUAAAACAGUCAAGGUUGCACCAGCCAUCGACCCACCUUCCCCUAGGGUCUCUGGCUGUGGUAUCUGUGGUGUUUUUGGGAAACCGGUCAAGUCCCACCACCGCCCCAAACGGGGUAAGCGUAAAUCAUAAAUUUCUGUACCUGUUCUAUGGUGGCACAACAUCAUCUUCCAAUAAGGUGAACACAGCAUGUGUGCUUCUUGGUUUUUGUUUCCCCCUCUCACUGUCUUUACAUAGCUAUAUCCCCCAUAUAUAUAUCUCACCAGUCUCGAAAAAAACUGAGAUACAAGAGUACUUCUAUUGCACAAACCAAAGGUAUAUGUUUGAUUAAUUUUUGUACGAAAACCCCUUGUUCAUGGGCUUCUCUCCUUUAGCUCAUAGAGGUAUUGAUGUAGUUCUGCUUGAUGUAAUUCUUGUGCAUAUUAAUGUCAUGGUUUUUGGGCUUGGAUCAUACUUUCCCCCUACA